AUGGCAUCAUUUCGAUUGCAAGGAUUGCGCUCGACUCUGAGAACCCAGUCAGGUCCCCUGCGCUACCAGCAGCGCCGAUGGGCUCAGGUUCACGAUGUCCGCUUUCUUGCUUCGCACCAUGACCCCAAGCAUGUAUUGGACAAAUAUCAGUCCAAGCUCAAUGAGAAGGCUAAGCACGAGGGCCACGAGUCUGUCGACUCCUUAAAAGAGGCCUACAGCGAUAAAAUCCACGAGAUGCGCCGCGAAGCCUCAACAGCAACCACCCCAGAGCCCGAGACCAAACCCCCCGGUCAAGAAGCCCCAAUCACCCACGCCGCAAGAAAAGCGACCGGAAAGGCAAGCCCCAUCAAGCCUCUCAGCACAUACCUAGACGUCGAGAAGAUCCGUGAGCUGCCCGCCAAGGAAAUCGAGGCCCUCUGGCGUCUUCGCUUCGCCAACAACCCGACGGCUAUCUGCGCCGCCAUUCCCCUCGAAACAUACCACCGCAUUAUGAGAGCUGCUCGCGAGAACCCACAAUUUGUCCUGCCACUCCCCCGGCCCACCGGCGAAGAACAGGAAGAAACCACAGCUGAGAUCCACUUUCUGCAAUGGGCAUUCCACCCGCCAGCAGAGCCAAGCGCAACUGUCUCCCCAUCAGGGCAGACGGUUAACAACCACGUCUCCACUUGUAUCUUCACACCUCUCGGCGCGUUCAAGAUGCAUGGCUCUUUCGCUCAGCCGCAUACAACUAUUACACACUAUUUGGAUUUGGCGGAUACGAAGGGUCUCGUCCUGAUGCAUGGACAGGUUGUACCCGAUCGAGGUGUUUCGACCACUGAGGCCACUUGGCUUGUUAGCUGUGUGCAGCGUUUCUACGACUUUGAUGGACAGGCGAGUGGUCGAAAGAGCGAGCUUGUUCGCAUGUUCACUCGGGGAGAUGUCGAGAACUUCAAGGUUGAGGAGCUCAUGGAGGAGUCGGAGAGAAUUCAGUAG